AAGGAGCAGCAAAGAGCAGACGACUGGAGCAGGAUGUGCGCUCUCCACUGUAAUUGAUUCCUUAUUUUUUUUUUCUUGUAUUAUCGGGAUGGCUAAAUGUAUUGCUUUUGAGUUUUAAAUAUGGAUGAACACGGGACCAGGAAAUGAAUAACACAACCGACUUGGCCCUAGGAGAUGGCAGCCGGGAGGACUUACUCGUGCUCCGAGCUUUGACCGGCUCCCUCCUGGCGCUGCUUAUAAUUUGGACGCUUUUCGGCAACUUAACCGUCUGCGCAGCCGUUUAUCGCUUCCGUCACCUGCGUGCCAAAGUAACCAACAUCUUCAUCGUGUCCUUGGCUCUGUCAGACCUAGUUGCCGUGCUGGUGAUGCCAUGGAAAGCAGUGGCUGAGGUGGCUGGUUACUGGCCGUUUGGAGGGUUCUGCAAGCCCUGGCUGGCCUGCGACAUCAUGUGCUCCACGGCCUCCAUCCUCAACCUGUGCCUCAUUAGCGUGGAUCGAUACUGGGCCAUUUCCAGCCCUUUCUUUUACGAGAGGAGCAUGAACAAAAAGGUGGCCUCUGUGAUGAUCGGAGUGACCUGGACUGUGUCAGUGAUUAUCUCAUUCGUCCCCGUGCAGCUGGACUGGCACCGUGCAGAUAUUGGAGAUCCGGCUGGGGAGGCUUUUGCACUUAACGGUGAGGUUGAUGAUGGGAGAUGUGACUCCAGCCUGAGCCGGACUUACGCCAUCUCCUCCUCCCUAAUCAGCUUCUACAUCCCAGUGGCUAUCAUGAUUGUCACAUACACGCGCAUCUACCGGAUAGCCCAGCUACAGAUCCAGAUGAUUUCCUCCCUAGAGCGUGCAGCGGAGCACGCGCAGAGUUGUCACUCGGACCGCUUUAAUCGCUCACACCGGGAGCUCAAAGUCUCCAUCAGAAAAGAAACGAAAGUCCUCAAAACUCUGAGCAUCAUCAUGGGGGUUUUUGUUUGCUGCUGGUUACCGUUCUUUAUUCUGAACUGCGCCCUGCCCUUCUGUCCCGGACCAGAGGAUCCUGUGGCGCUGCGGGGCCCUUACUGCGUCAGUGAGAAAACCUUCGACGUCUUCGUGUGGAUCGGCUGGAGUAAUUCGUCCCUUAACCCGGUCAUCUAUGCCUUUAACGCGGACUUCAGAGAUGCUUUCUUUCGACUGUUGCGCUUACGCGGACGAGGCUGCUGCUCCACGAUGAGCGCGGCGGUGGAGACGAUGAUGGCGAGCAACGAGGCCGGACACCUGAAGCCGGAGAGCCCGCUGAAAUUGAAGCAGGACGUCUACUGUGCCGUGAAGACCAGGGGCAGCGAGGACAGCGGGAAUACUACGGUGACCCUGUUAUAUCACAGAGGAACGACCUCUGAGCAGGUGAUGGACACUGAAGAAAUUAAAGACAACGACAGACUGACGCAGCUACCGAUAAGUGACACCAUGUAUGAAAUGAGCUGGGUCAGGGAGCAUGAAAAAUAUGCAAAGAAGGAUAGUGUGAACAUACAACCCCUGCUGAAUUAAAUGACAAGAGGCAUUAAAGCAAAGUAAAUUUACUCCAGGUCAUCCAAACAUCCAUGUGAAUAAAAAAACUAUAUAGACAAAAAUGUUUCAUAAAAAAUGUUUCAAAUCCCCCAUUAUUCACUCUUUUACCAUGCAGAAACAGGUGAUGUAAUGUUCAAAUUGUUUUAAGACACGUUGUGUUUUAAUGAAUCAUUUUCUUUUUUUCUGUAUAGCAAAGCUUAGAUUACAUGGAUGUUUACCCAAAAGGCUUUGUAAAAUGCAUUAUCACAUUUGUGCGAGCUUGCAACCAUUCAGUGGUACAUUUCCUUUCAGCAGGAGGACUGCUUCACAUUUACCUCAGCACACCAAAAAGGCAGGUUCAGAUCUGGGUAAAUAAAACGAGGCCCAUUCGCCAAUUCAAGAGACAAGAAUUGUAAGAUUAAACCAUUUGAAAUAUGUCACCCAUUUUGUUGGAAAAACACUGACAGGUAGAUUGACCAGUGAAAAUGGUUAUUGUUGCAUUGUGGCUUUCAUUCAAGGCUUUUCCCCACCAUGUAAAGAAAGCUUUCAGAGGUCAGGAUUUCUCUGAAUCUCUAGAAAUGGGAUUAUGUAACGGACUCACAUUAGCACCCAUCAGCUGUGCAUCUUGUAUGGGUGCACUGUGCACUCUGUUUCCCCCCCUCAAUCCCCUGAAAGAAACAAACAUGAAUAAUUUCUAAAGGUUGUUCCUGUGAAAAAUGCCACAACCAGGGAGAACACAGAAGCUUUUACACUGACAACCAUGCUGUGUGAGGAACUCUCUGCAGAUGAACAUCUGUUCAUUUUUGUUUAAUGAGACUUCCUUGUUAGUGCUAAAAAUGAAAGUGUGUGUUAGGAUUCAGCCUCAAUGAUUCACAAGUGUUAAUGGAACCAAGAAGAAUUAUGAUUCUAUUCUGAGCUCCAAAUAUUUCAUUGUUUUUAAGGAAAUCACUUUCAUGUCUGUCCAUUAAAUAUGAUGUAAGCAUGCAGCUGGUUAGUUCAUGGCUUAACACAAAGACUGGA